UUACUCCGUGGCCGUGAGUCAUCCCGUACCCACUGGCAGCUGGAGGGGUCGAGGGGACACGAGCCCACCAGUGUUUACCUUACGUGUCAGCUGAGUGUGGCGUGAGGCGCGGCUCCUGUCUCCCAAGGUUCUGUAACUUCUACCAUCCAAAAUGUCUCUCUCAAUAACCCCGGAGCUGAUGGAGCAGUACCGCAGCGAAGUGGAGGGCGACUCCACCUCCUGCCUGGCCAUGAAUGCUUGCUUUAAGUCUGACCCGUUGGAGAUGUGCAUGUGUCGCUGCCGGGUGAUGGCCACCAGCCAUGUGUUCACCCACAAGGUUGAGAAUGAGGGCCGGCCGGUCACCAACCAGAAGUCGUCCGGGCGGUGCUGGAUCUUUGCGGUACUCAAUGUCAUGCGUCUCCCCUUUGUGAAGCAUUACAACCUCGAAGAGUUUGAGUUCUCACAGGCAUACCUCUUCUACAUGGACAAGAUAGAGCGGUGCAACUACUUCCUGAACAAGAUGGUGGAGUGUGCCAAGCGUGGGGAGGAGGUGGAGGGGCGGUUAGUGUCCUUCCUCCUGCACGACCCAAUCCCUGAUGGUGGGCAGUGGGACAUGCUGGUCAACCUCAUCAGCAGGUAUGGUGUGAUGCCCAAAAAGAGUUUCCCAGAGUCCUACAGUGCUGAGAACUCCAUGAGGAUGAACAGGAUUCUUCAGAGCAAGCUGCGUGAGUACACAAAGGAGCUGCGCGCGGUGGUGAGCAAGGAUGGAGACGACAGCAGUGUGGUCAGCACCCUCUCACGACAGAUGAAGGAGAUCCACCGCAUCAUCUCCAUCUGUCUGGGUAUCCCCCCAGAGACCUUCACCUGGGAGUACUAUGACAAGUCCAAGACCUACCACAAGAUUGGCCCCAUCACACCCCUUGACUUCUACAAUGAAUACGUUAAGCCAGUGUACAAUGUUGAAGAUAAGGUGUGUUUGGUGACAGACCCAAGGCCCAAUAAUUCCUAUGGCCAUGCCUACACAGUAGACUGUCUGGGAAAUAUGUUUGGAGGAAGACCCACCAUCUAUAACAACCAACCUGUGGAGAUGCUGAUGAACCUGGCCAGUGAGAGCAUCAAGAAUGGAGAGGCUGUCUGGUUCGGCUGUGAGGUGGCCAAGAGGUUUGCUGGCAAGCUAGGCAUCCAGGACCUGGACAUUCACAACUACAAGUCUGUCUUUGGUGUGGAGGUGAACCUGGGCCUGAGUAAAGCUGAGCGCCUGCUCUAUGGGGAAUCACUCAUGACCCAUGCCAUGGUUUUCACCGCCACCACUCUCAAUGAAUCAGGGACCCCAGAAAAGUGGCGUGUCGAGAACAGUUGGGGUGAGGACAGGGGCGAGAAGGGCUACCUCAUCAUGACCUCUGAGUGGUUCAAGGAGUUUGUCUUUGAGAUAGUGGUGGACAAGAAGUAUGUGCCUGAGGAAGUAUUAGCAGUGUUCAGCGAAGAGCCUGUCGUCCUCCCAGCCUGGGAUCCAAUGGGCGCCCUUGCUAGGGAUGAAAGGCCUCAGCAGUUGCAAUUUUAAUAAUCUCAUCCCUGUUAAGGAUGUUAGAAUAAUAAUUACUACUUAUAAUAGUACUGUGCAUUUUUGUUUCAGGUAUGAAUAUGUACAAGAAAUGAGUGCCACUGUUUACUACAUGCAUCUUUAAUCCUUAUUCUCUUUUUUUUAAAUCUGUUGUCAGGAUUUUUAAGUUAGCUCAGAGGGUCAUGAGAGUUUAUCAGUAGUUCCCUCAUACCAGAGAUAAUGCGAUAGUUAUCUUUUUUUCCAGUUGAUAGAGGCUUCUAAGUCAUUGCAGAUUGACUGUGCAGAAACUUUAUCAAUAUUUGUCUCUUAUGAAUCUAUCUUUGGGCUUUAUUUGUAGAACAAGAGUUCCAGUCUGAUGGCAUUCCUUAAGCAAAUGACCAUGAAUAAUAAAAACACUAUAAUUCCAAUUCUCAACUUGGGACCCUUAUGACUAUAAAGUUAUGAUGAAUUAUUAACUUUUUAAGUUAUGUGCAAUUUUAGGCGGUAAUUUUUUACCCAAAUUUUUAAUCCCCUUCCUCUAUUACAUAAGUAAGCUCAGCAUAAUGCUGUUGCUUAUGCCUGUUGCUUAGCUACUACCCCAUCACUUGUUGACAAAGAUCAUCACCUCGUCCUCCUCCUCCUCCUCCUCCUCCUACUACUACUACUACUACUACUACUACUACUACUACUACUACUACUACUACUACUACUACUACUACUAUAAAAUAUGUAAACAUACAUAUACUUAACUAAUUUUUAUCAUAGGAAACUAUUAACUACUACAACUUUUACUAUUACUACUACUGGUUUUAGCCUGAUAACAUAAUACAGUAAAUUAGGGAAUGUACACUCAUACAAGUGGAUUUGCAUGUUUUUGUCACCCCUCUGGGCCUCUCAUACUAUUAGCUGCUCAGCCCAGGGUGACCACAAGGUUCAGGAAGUAUUUUGUAUUUGAAAGUUCUUGUGAGUAUUAAUGAGAAGUGAUUAUGCCUGGUAACCACUCAAGCACUGUCUAAUGUCUCACUACAUGACUGAUCUGUCCUUUAAACUUAAGUGACGGCAAAUGUGAAAUACAUGACACGAUACAAUUUCAGCCCCUUGUGUGUGACGGUUGUCAAUUUUAGUUUUAUUAGUUAUUGACAAUGUGGUCAUGUUUGUUUUAUUUUUAUAUAAAGAAAACCAGUGAUUAUAUGGAGAGAUACAAAGCUUUAUUCAGGACAAAAAAUCAUAAUUAGGCAUAUAGUCAUAAUUUGUGAAUAUACAGAUGAACACUCAAAAUGUAUUCCUUUUCUCAAAUUUAAUAUAUCAAGAAUAUCUGAUUUUCAUCACCA